AUGGCACCCACGACAAAACAAAAUUCCAAACCAGUCUUCAAAACGGCCUCGCCUUUUACGGAGACGAAGUGGCCGGAGAUAUCGCAGGAUGACGAAGACGUGAUACUAGAACUGCUAUGCAACCUUGUCACGCCCUUAGGCGAUCACCGACAUGUCUACAUCCACCCAUCCAAGGGCAAGAAGCGCAAGCGCAACAUCAAACCAGAUAAAGAUGUCUCUACCAUGGCCGAUACCCCACCGCCUCCGCCCGAGAUUAGCAAUCAUUUGCUCGUCGGUCUCAACAGCGUCACGCGACACCUUGAAGCGCUGGCUGCGAAGACAGCACCAUCCACAGCACCAGUGACCAACAAGUCCCCUGAAAGUAUGCAUGCCAACAUGAAGUCGGCGCCAGUGAGCGACAGCGAGACGAACGUGUUGAGUCCCCUCAGCAUGGUUAUCCUGACCCACCCCAAACCCACUCUCUCACCUGCACACGCGCAUCUGCCGACACUAGUCCACCUCGCCACUCUUCCACCAGCAUCCACUGCCUCACGCACCGCAAACGUGGAAACACGACUCAUUGCCCUUCCAACGUCAGCAGAUGCCCGGCUCGCCUCUGCUCUAGGGAUUCCCCGCGCCGGUGCACUAGCCAUCUACCAAGGCGCACCGGGAGCCAAGACGUUGGAAGACUAUGUGCGCGAGCACAUUGGAGUAACGCAGUGUCCGUGGAUUGACGAAGCCAUGAGCGCAGAGUGGAAGGGCCUGAAUGUCAAGAGUGAGAUUCCUGGGACGAACAAGUGA